AUGGAGCAACAUUGGGCGUCGUUGUCACCAGUCUUCGGGGAGCAGCUGGGGCAUCCAACGACACCGGACUUGGUGGUGCACGUCGAGAUCCGCUUCACAGACCCCGUCAUCCGCUCCAGAUACUCACGCAGCUACGGCAGCUCGCCGACUUUCCGAGCCACCAACAUGAUAUGUCGAGGUCUUGUGCGCCGCAUUGAGCGCUGCUGUGAGGAGUUCAUCACCCGCAAAGACUCUGGCGCUCUCGAAAUGUUCAAGGGCGACACCUAUGAGCGCAAACCGCAGAGAGCUCGGUUCAUUGAAGCCACGCAAAUGUUCGAGUUCGUUCCUGGAUACACCAUUGAGCUCUGCUUUCGAAGCAAGAACCUGCAACGACGGGUUCCCAUCUACGAAAGGAGGAUAAACAUCAACAGCACGCAAAGCGCUCCUCUGACCCUGUUCCUGAGUGAGGAUAUGAUAUCGAAAGCGCUACAUUUCAUCAACCAAGGGCUGGACUCCAGGAAGCGAGAGUUUGACGACCACUUCCAAGACCAAAGGGCGUUUGAUCUCCCUACUGUGGAGGACGACACUCUCAAAAUCGGUCUCAAAGUAUUCAACAACCUCGGACCUGCUUACGACCACGUGCAGAGGAGCCUCAGAAGCAAGCUGGUGCUGUUCCGAGACCAAAAUGCUAUAGACUGCGACCUUUUCCUAUGCGAUGUCGAAAAGCACCUCGCGCAUCUUAGGAGCGAGGCUGACUCGACCAUGGACGCCAUGAACGACUUUGAGUUUCGCAUCGUCGAACUCAAGGGCUUUGGCUGGACACUACGAGAGCCGGCCAAGUUCACCCUCGGACCGUCAGCAUCCCAUGGCCGUCGCACCAUCCAAGCAGCCCUGGACCGUAUUCAGACUGGAAUCGGGGACGUGAUUAGGGGCCAUAACCUUGCCAUUCACAUCAAAGCCUACAAGCGAGGCCACGUCGUCUUGGACAAAGCCAUUGUCGCCCACGAGAAGCACGGAAAGCCGAGGGAGACAUUUGCCUCGCGAGACGACGCACAGCUUGUGUUUGUGACGAGAUUGAAGGCUCGGAUUCAAAAGGAUAUGGACCGAAUGUUUGAAGACUCGUGUUGCAUCGAUGACAUUCCUGAGGACGACGAAGACUGCUUUGCUCGGCCCGUCACCCCUGCGCAGCCUGAACAACCUGUGUUUGAAGGACUGUCGCCGAGAUACUCGCCCUCCUCGAUAAGAUCUUCACCAGCGAGGCAGUCGAGGCCGGCUUUGAGCCCAGCACAGAGUUCCCCGAGACCGCGUGUUCAGCGAGUAUUCUCGCUCUCGCGUUGCUCGACCGACUCCAUGGUGUCCAUCGAUUAUCUCAAGCCGGGUUGUGAACCGCUCACGCGCGAUAACAGCAGGCCCAUUAUUGCGCCCAGCGAACAGGUGCGGAAGCCGCAAGCGGGGGAAUCGCCGUUGCUACGACCCCGAGGGGAGUUGCUCGCCCCUGCCGAAGUCAAGCCGGCGCAGUCCUUCUCAUUUGUGUCAGGAGAAUUUUCAUCUGCGAUCCGUAUCAACAACGGCUUGUCCAUUGUAGAAGAGCAGGCCUUGGCCAGCGAUGGAGCCAAUGUGGACAGUCUGGAUCACAAACUGGCUGGAGACGUACAACGUUUGGGAGAAACCCGUCCGCCUAAUGGUAUGACGUCGAACGAAGGGAGGGUGGAUCCUCUCACUACUCAGUCAGGGAGUCUCCCUGGAGAAGCACUCCCCGGCAGAAGUUCAACUUCCAGCCCCGCGGUCCAAGAUGAAGCAUCAUCUCGGGAUCAUGAUACCGUCGACGCACCAUUAAACUUCUCCGGAGCCGCGACUAGCAAAAUGGACACUCCAAUGACGUUCGAAGACGCUCGGGAAUACGUGACCAGCCCUGUACCUGAAGAUAAGGCCAAUUCCGGGACUCCGUUUACUCUAGCCCGAGCGGAAACCCCUAGGGAGGAUGAUGAGUUCUCGACCGCGCCGUCGACCCCUGAACUAAGCACAGGAGCUUCUUCACUUAGGCACAGCAUAAUAGAAACCCCGGUCCUUCCGAGGUUUGAUUCGGGCACGAGUGAGACUGUCCUUCGUGGUUUUUACCCGGACUCCGAGACCGAACGGCCUGCAGUUCAUCUGCAGGGUGAGAGCAUUGCCGAGCCGGUCUCCAAGGAGGACUGGGAUGCUGCCGCGGUUCCAGAACCCCAGGUUGACCAACAUGAUCGGAGUCGGUUGCUACCUUCGCUUGCAGAACAGAGCACUGCAGCCGAAGGACCCGAAGGUGUCCAUGGUGAUGGAACCGGUCGCCACAAUGCGAGAACCCCCCACCCGGAAGGCUGGAGUGUGACACUUGAUCAAACACCAGACGCCAACCCCACCCCAGCACCACGCCCAUCCACCGCAUCUGACGCGUCCACGGAUUCUGGUAUAAAGGCAAAAACGGAAUCGGGGAGGCAGACUUAUAAUACCGCCCAUCUCGGAGCCGAGCCCGCUUUAGGACCCGGCAUCCCCUUUCAUGCGCCGGACUUCCCCACCUCUGAGGUCCGGACGUCGCACGCGCCUGAGGAAGUAGGUCACAGCGAGUCUGCAAGUAAGCUGGGAUCUCCGCUCGAGCCCGAGCCGGAUGCGAUGGAAGCCGCCGGGGACGAACUCGGCGCCGGCCGCGGUGCCGAGACCAAGUUGGGGGAGGACAAGGACCGCAGAGAUGCUCACGAUGACGUCGCUGACGCGUUGCCCGGUGGCGGGCCCCGGGGAAAUUGCGGUGCCCAGUUGGGGGCGGUCCCGCUCGGGGCUGAGGUCGUGGCCGAGAUGGCUGGGCUGGGGACCGAGGAUCCCGUUGGGGCCGCCCAUGAGGAUGAGGGACGGAUUUUAGGGGAUGAUGUUCGGUCCGAUGGCGGCGAGAUGGGAUGUCAUGUCGGUGACGACGGGAAUGAUGAUGGAUUUGGCGUGGUUUCCGAUGGAGAUGAGGAGGAUCGGUGUGCUGACGAGGGCGUCGAUGUCGGCCCCGCCAGGGGGGCCGAUGUGGUCGGUAGCGGCGGCGGCACUCAUGUCCCGGUACCGGACGCCAGCGAGGACGGUCUAGGAGAGCACCACGGUGUCGGUUCGGGCAUCGGAGCACAGAUUGAGCUCGUAGAUAUCGUUCACUGCGCAUCCACCCAACCAUCCAAGACCCGCUUCGAGAACACCGACGGUUCCGGUUCAGGAACCGAAGCAGCUUGUCUUGGGACCAACGACCAGCUCUCGGACAAGCUUGCUGACGCAGCCGACGAAGCCGACAGACACGUCCCCGGGUCGGGCACAUCAUCAAACCUCCUUGAAUCCACACCAGCCAUUCCGGAGCAGCAGGUUGACAGCCAAGGUCCGGAAUUGACCCCCAUCGGCGCCGAGCAAGGCUAUGCUCUCCAAGUUCAGAAGACGGCCUUGGCCGACGGGCCCGAAUCCCACGGCAACACCGCCAAAGGCGAUGACGCCGAGCGCGUGCAUCAAGAUGUCAUUUCCGAGGCGCAGGCUACUGGUCCCGGAGGCGAGGAUGAGCUGAUGCCGGGUCAUGAUGAAGCCGAGGAGGAGUUGUGCGAAUCGAAGGCCCGUCUCGAGCAUCCCGACGACAAUAGUGAUGAUCGGCCUGUGAUUCAGCCUGUCGUGUCCGAGGCACCUGCUACUGUUACUGAAAUCAGUGUGGACGAGGCAGAGUCUGACAAGGCUCAGGUUAUGGGGAAGUUGGACGCGGUCCCCGCGCUGGCCCGGGAUGCCGAAGCAACGAACUCUGAGUCCACCUUUGGUGGCGGUGUCGAGGAGAAGCACGAUCUGGCUCCGGGUCCGACUGAGACAGCCAAACCCGGGCAACCCGAGCGCGACGUUGGCGAUGGGCCGAAGGAGGAGCCUGGUGUGGUCCCGCCUGGGAAUAGUGUCGCCAAACCUACCGGGUCGACGGUACGAGGGGAUGAUCUCGGUGAGGAGGUUCUGGCAGAACCUAUCUCGGCUCCGGACCCGGCGCCGGCUCACUCCGUUGAUUCUGCUGAAACCAAGACACCGAAACAGCAAAUUCACGAAAGGGACGAGGGACCCACCACCGAAUUGGCUGCGGCGGCUGGAAUGGGUCUUUGGGGUGGCGGCAUUUGCGAGGCAGAGAAUGGCUUGAUCACUGUCCCCUAUGUGAUUGGUGCCAAACCUCCGAGGUUGGCCGUCGGCAAGGGCGUUCAGAACGGACUUGACAUCCUGUCAGCUCUGGCUGCUGUGGCCGAGUCCGAGCUAUCGGAGCGGGGUUUCGGCGAGGAGACACGCGUCCCGGUCUUAACUACGGUUGGUCCUAUUGGAACACAGACUUCGGAGGUCGGUACCGGCAAGGACAUUGCUGGACCGGCUAGUGAGCUGGAUGGCACGUCGAAAGGAGUCGAACCUGAGGUGGAGUCGGUUUUUGACCCUGACGAGACCAAGAGACAGCUUAGUGACGCGCUUGAGAUUGCGGUUGAUAAUAUUGUGAGGGCAUCACCUGCUCCAGAGGCGGAAUCAGAUGGUUCGAGCCGAGGGUCGACGGAGGUAGCCGAAGAAGAGGAGAGGACCUCAGGGCUUCAGACUUCCGGUCAGAGCUCUAUUCAAGGAUCUGACGACCAACCCAACGGAACUGGCGGGCAGGCGGCUCUUGAACCAGAGCCAAGGGCUACGUCCCCCGCUGAUGCCGAGGCUGCAAGUGAUGAUGGCAUCCCGACCAGGACGUCCGAGCCCGAAGGAGGGACUGAAGAAGCAGAGACACCUGACAAUGAAACGAUAGCUCCGGCGGCUGAAACUGAGAGCGCUACUCCGAUGCCCAUGCCAUUGCCGACGCCACAGCAAAAGCCAGAGAAAACGAGCCUCGCGCCCAUUCCAGACCUGUCGAAGCUGUUCCCCGCCGGCCCAGUCCCAAACAGCAUCUCGUCCGACGUUGCCGCCUCCUUCGCCAGCAUAUCCCGCAACUCGGUCGACACCAUCCGCCCGUCCACCGACAACGAACAACAGCGCCCAGGUACCGCAGACUUUUGCGACCUGCCGCACGCCAGCAGCAGCAGCAACCGCCCCCAGACGGCAGGCUACCUCUGCCUUGGACUCUGCGAGUCACGGUCCGUCGAGAUUGGGCUGCGCGGCGCGCUGGGGGAUGUCAAGGUCCGCCGGCUGAGCCUGCCGCUGCAGCGUACGCUGAACCAGGGGCCGGCGAUGGGGCGGCUCAAAAUCAAGAAGGCGGCGAGAAGCUGCCAGGGCGGGUAA